AUGAGGCUCUCCACCACCGUCCUCACAAUCACCCUCUUCACCCUCGCCCUCAGCCUCCCUGUACCCCAGGCCAAUAGCAAUGCCCUCACACUCUCGACCCCUAACACGGACCCCGCACCCGCACCCACAGCCAUAUCAUCCUGCAGCCGGUGCACCACGCUCUACAAUAUUUGCAUGAACGUAAAAUACCCCCCUUGGUACCCCAUGGUAGCGGUUCAAGAACAUGCAGUUGCUGAUUUGUGA